GGAGGCAAAACCAAUUCAAAAUUUGACGAUUUCGAGUACGAUGACGAAGGCAGCCAGUACUCCAAAGACACGUACCGCAGUGACAACCUAAAGGCAGUUCUGUACAACAACGACCAGCUGGACUCAAUCGACUAUGACAUGAUUGCGGCUGUGGUCAAGUAA